AUGGGAGACUCUCGAGAGGAUCUUUACCAAGAAGAAUACAGCAAGAUUGUAACUUCGAAAAAUGAAUUGGCAAUUUUGACACAUAAAGAAUUGGAUUCGGAUGAAAAGAUCGGUGAAGCUCGUCCGCGACGGUUUCUCAUUCGAGGCUCGAAGAAAGAGUAUACGCCUUUUAUUACUUCUAUUCGGGGAUGGCCGAAUUAA